GAGAGAGUGAGAGGGAGAGGGAGGGAGGGAGAGAGAGGGAGAGGGAGAGAGAGACGGAUAUCUCAGGUCAUCUGCAGCUGCAGCGAGUCUGAGGAGCCGAGGAAGGCAGGGAAGAUGGCGAUCCUCCAUUGCUGAGACCCGGCAGAAGCACAUGAGACUCCCAAACAACUUCCACAACAAUAACCCGAGCAGGAAGAGGAGAAAGAGAAAGAGGAUAAGGAGGCGGUGGGGCUGGAGAACCCGAAACACCUCCCGGCGCCGGGACGCUUCUUCUGUUCCUAAUGUGAGAGAGUAGACCCAGAUCAUGGAGGUGCUUCAGUGCGAUGGCUGUGACUUCAGAGCCCCGUCUUACGAAGAUCUCAAGGCCCACAUCCAGGAUGUCCACACGGCAUUUCUGCAGCCGACGGACGUUGCUGAAGACAAUGUGAACGAGCCACGAUCUGGGUCCAUGAAUGCCAGUAACCAGACAGAGGUGGAGUUUUCGUCCAUAAAGGAUGAAUUUGCAAUCGCAGAGGACUUAUCAGGUCAAAAUGCAACUGCAUUGGGGACCGGAAGUUAUUAUGGCCAUAGUCCAGGAUAUUACGGUCAGCAUAUCGCCCCUAAUCCCAAACCAACAAACAAGUUUUUUCAAUGCAAGUUCUGCGUACGCUACUUCAGGUCAAAAAACCUCCUCAUUGAACACACUAGGAAGGUCCAUGGAGCUCAAGCCGAAGGGAGUUCGGUGGGACCCCCUCUUCCAGGAUCCUUAAAUUAUAACAUCAUGAUGCACGAGGGAUUUGGAAAGGUCUUCUCUUGCCAGUUUUGCACAUACAAGUCACCAAGGAGGGCAAGAAUAAUUAAGCAUCAGAAGAUGUAUCACAAAAACAAUUUGAAGGAGACCACUGCUCCCCCCCCUGCCCCAAGUCCGAUGCCAGACCCGGUGGUGCCGCCUGUGUCUCUGCAGGACCCCUGCAAGGAACUGCCAGCGGAGGUUGUGGAGCGCAGCAUCUUGGAAUCCAUGGUCAAGCCCCUGACCAAGUCUCGAGGCAACUUCUGCUGUGAGUGGUGCAGCUAUCAGACCCCCCGCCGGGAACGCUGGUGUGACCACAUGAUGAAGAAACACCGCAGCAUGGUCAAGAUCCUUUCCAGUCUCAGGCAGCAGCAAGAAGGGACUAAUCUGCCCGAUGUGCAGAACAAGAGCGCCCCCAGCCCCACUUCCAACUCCACCUAUCUGUCCAUGAAUGUGGCCAGCCGGGAGAUUCCCAACACUAACGUCUCCAACUUCAGGGGCUCCAUGGGCAACUCCAUCAUGAGACCCAAUUCUUCUUCCACUUCCAAGUUUUCACCCAUGUCUUACCCUCAGAUGAAGCCGAAGUCACCUCACAACUCUGGCCUUGUUAACUUGGCAGAGAGAUCCCGUUAUGGAAUGGCUGACAUGACCAAUUCUUCGGCCGACCUGGAAACCAAUAGCAUGCUAAAUGACUCUAGUUCCGAUGAAGAGUUAAAUGAAAUAGACAGUGAGAAUGGUUUAAAUGCUAUGGAUCACCAGACAGCAGGCAUGUCUGCAGAGCAGCUGAUGGGCUCAGAUGGCAACAAAUUAUUGGAGACGAAGGGGAUUCCAUUUAGAAGAUUCAUGAAUAGGUUCCAGUGCCCCUUUUGUCCUUUCCUCACCAUGCAUCGACGUAGCAUCUCCCGUCACAUAGAAAACAUCCACUUAUCUGGAAAGACAGCUGUCUACAAAUGUGACGAAUGUCCGUUUACUUGCAAGAGCUCGUUAAAACUUGGGGCUCACAAACAGUGUCACACGGGUACAACGUCAGAUUGGGAUGCUGUGAAUUCCCAGAGCGAAAGCAUUUCUUCCUCACUGAAUGAAGGUGUAGUGUCUUAUGAAAGCUCGAGCAUCAAUGGGAGAAAGUCAGGGGUCCUGCUGGAUCCCUUGCAGCAGCAACAGCCACCGCCACCCCCGCCACCCCCACCGCCACCACCUCCUUCACAGCCGCAGCCCCCGCAGCUACAGCCACCCCAUCAGGUGCCGCCCCAGCCCCAGCCGCCACCGCCACCUCCCCCCACUCAAGUCCCACCUCUGCACCCCUACAAGUGCACCAUGUGUAGUUACUCCACCACGACUCUGAAAGGGCUGAGGGUUCAUCAGCAGCACAAACACUCGUUCUGUGACAACUUGCCAAAAUUCGAGGGGCAGCCCUCAAGCCUGCCGUUGGAGAGCGAGACAGACAGCCACCCCUCUUCCAGCAACACUGUGAAGAAAAGUCAGACCUCAAUUCUUGGGUUGUCCUCCAAGAACAACUUUGUAGCCAAGGCCUCUCGGAAACUCACUAAUGACUUUCCUCUCGACCUCUCGCCCGUGAAGAAGAGGACCAGGAUCGACGAAAUAGCAAGCAACCUGCAGAGCAAAAUUAACCAAACCAAGCAGCAGGAAGACGCGGUGAUCAACGUGGAGGAUGACGAGGAGGAAGAGGAAGACAACGAAGUAGAGAUAGAGGUGGAGUUGGACAGGGAAGAAGAGCCGACGGAGCCCGUCCUGGAGGUGCCCACGUCCUUCGCAGCCCAACAGAUCUGGGUGAGAGAUGCCCCUGAGCCCCAGAAGGAGCCCACCUUCAGAACUGUCACCCACGAUUACAACGCCACCAACGGGGCCGAGAUAGAGCUCACCCUCUCUGAAGACGAAGAGGAUUAUUACGGCUCCUCCACGAACAUGAAAGACCACCAGGUUUCUAAUACCGCUCUGCUCAACACCCAGACGCCGAUCUACGGAACUGAGCACAAUAAUGAAAGUACGGACUUUAGUGACUCGGGAAGGCUUUAUUAUUGCAAACACUGUGACUUUAACAACAAAUCUGCCCGGAGCGUCAGCACCCACUACCAACGCAUGCACCCGUACAUUAAAUUCAGCUUCAGGUACAUCUUGGACCCCAAUGAUCACAGUGCCGUGUACAGGUGCCUGGAAUGCUACAUCGAUUACACCAACUUUGAAGACCUGCAGCAGCAUUAUGGCGAGCAUCACCCGGAAGCCAUGAAUGUACUCAACUUUGACCACUCGGACCUGAUCUACCGAUGUCGAUUUUGCUCCUACACGAGCCCGAACGUCCGAAGCCUGAUGCCGCAUUACCAAAGAAUGCAUCCCACCGUUAAGAUUAACAACGCCAUGAUCUUUUCGAGCUACGUGGUGGAGCAGCAGGAGGGGCUGAACACGGAAUCCCAGACGCUGAGGGAGAUCCUGAACUCAGCUCCCAAGAACAUGGCCACAUCCACCCCUGUGGCCCGCGGUGGCGGCAUGCCAGCUCCCUUCGCGAAAAACACUCCUUCCAAGACCUUUCCUCCAGAAUGUGAAAACCAGAAGGACCCCUCGGUCAACACAGUUGUCGUGUAUGAUUGUGACGUGUGCUCUUUCGCGAGCCCUAACAUGCACUCUGUGUUGGUUCAUUAUCAGAAGAAACACCCAGAAGAAAAGGCUUCCUACUUUAGGAUCCAGAAAACCAUGCGAAUGGUGUCUGUGGACAGGGGCUCUGCCCUUUCUCAGUUAUCAUUUGAGGUGGGUGCUCCAAUGUCUCCCAAAAUGUCCACCAUGGGUUCCCCACCCCCCCCACAACCCCCGCCACCAGACCUCAGUACUGAGCUUUACUACUGCAAACACUGUUCCUACAGCAAUCGGUCAGUUGUGGGAGUCCUUGUCCACUACCAGAAAAGACACCCAGAGAUAAAGGUUACUGCCAAAUAUAUCAGACAGGCUCCUCCCACAGCUGCAAUGAUGAGAGGGGCCGAGGGGCCCCAAGGCUCCCCCCGGCCACCUGCCCCCAUGCAACAGCUCAACCGAAGCAGCGCCGAGCGAGAUGGCCUUCCCGUAGAGAAUGAGAUGUUCUUUUGCCAGCACUGUGAUUACGGGAACCGGACGGUCAAGGGUGUCCUCAUUCAUUAUCAGAAGAAGCACCGAGACUUCAAGGCCAACGCGGAUGUGAUCCGGCAGCACACAGCCACCAUCCGAAGCCUCUGUGACCGGAACCAGAAGAAGCCCACCAGUUGCAUGCUGGUGCCCCCCUCGAGCAUGGAGCGAGACAAGACGAAACUGCGAGCGCUCAAGUGCAGGCAGUGCUCGUACACCUCCCCCUACUUCUAUGCACUGAGGAAGCACAUCAAGAAGGAUCACCCUGCCCUGAAGGCCACAGUUACGUCCAUCAUGCGGUGGGCAUUUCUUGAUGGCUUGAUAGAAGCUGGCUACCACUGCGAGUGGUGCAUCUAUUCCCACACGGAGCCCAGUGGUUUGCUCCUCCAUUACCAAAGGAGGCAUCCUGAGCAUUACGUCGACUACACGUAUAUGGCUACCAAGCUCUGGGCUGGGCCAGACCCGUCCCCUCCCUCCCUCACGAUGCCUGCCGAAGCCAAAACGUACAGGUGCAGAGACUGUGUUUUUGAAGCCCUCUCCAUCUGGGACAUCACCAAUCACUACCAGGCAUUCCACCCCUGGGCCAUGAACGGGGACCAGUCAGUGCUGCUGGAUAUCAUCAAGGAGAAAGAUGCUGUGGAGAACCCCAUCCUGCCCUCGGAAGAGCUGGUGGGCCCUAUGAAUUGUGAAAACAGUAUGUCGGCCCCCCUCUUGGAGCAGGAAGCCGAGUGCCCAGAGGACGCAAGACUUUCUCCAGAGAAGAGCAUCCAGCUGGCGUCCGCCAACCCCGCCAUCUCCUCCACCCCGUACCAGUGCACGGUGUGCCAGUCUGAGUAUAACAACCUGCACGGCCUUCUGACCCAUUACGGAAAGAAGCACCCAGGCAUGAAAGUGAAGGCUGCCGACUUUGCCCAGGACAUCGACAUCAACCCCGGCGCCGUCUACAAAUGCAGGCACUGCCCUUACAUCAACACCCGCAUCCACGGCGUCCUGACCCACUACCAGAAGCGACACCCAUCCAUCAAGGUGACCGCCGAGGACUUUGUGCACGACGUGGAGCAGUCGGCCGACAUGACCCAGAACGAUGUGGAGGAGACGAGCCGGAUCUUCAAGCAAGGGUACGGCGCCUACCGCUGCAAACUGUGUCCCUACACGCACGGCACUUUGGAGAAGCUCAAGAUCCACUAUGAGAAGUAUCACAACCAGCCCGAGUUUGAUGUCUUUUCCCAGUCGCCCCCGAAGCUGCCAGUGUCCCUCGAGCCCGAGAUAACCACUGAAGUGAGCCCCUCCCAAGUCUCUGUGACCGAGGACGAGGUGGGAGAAGAGCCUGUGUCCACGUCUCACUUCGCUACCUCGCACCUGGUCUCCCACACUGUGUUCCGGUGCCAGCUCUGCAAGUACUUCUGCUCCACGCGGAAGGGCAUAGCCCGGCACUACCGCAUCAAACACAACAACGUGCGCGCCCAGCCCGAGGGCAAGAACAACCUCUUCAAGUGUGCCCUGUGUGCCUACACCAACCCCAUCCGCAAAGGGCUGGCCGCCCACUACCAGAAGCGCCACGACAUCGACGCCUACUACACCCACUGCCUGGCGGCCUCCAGGACCAUCAGCGACAAGCCCAACAAGGUGAUCAUCCCGUCGCCACCCAAGGACGACUCGCCGCAGCUCAGUGAGGAGCUCCGGCGGGCCGUGGAGAAGAAGAAGUGCUCCCUGUGCUCCUUCCAGUCCUUCAGCAAGAAAGGCAUCGUGUCCCAUUACAUGAAGCGCCACCCGGGCGUGUUCCCCAAGAAGCAGCACGCCAGCAAGCUGGGCGGCUACUUCACCGCCGUCUAUGCCGACGAGCACGAGAAGCCGGUGCUGAUGGAAGAGGAGGAGAGAGGCGGCUUCGAGAAAGCAGAGGUGGAAGGGAGCGAAGGGCAGGAAAUCGAGUGGCUCCCGUUCCGCUGCAUCAAGUGCUUCAAGCUGUCCUUCAGCACGGCCGAGCUGCUGUGCAUGCAUUACACUGACCACCACAGUCGGGACCUCAAGAGGGACUUCGUCAUCCUGGGCGGCGGCCCCCGCCCGCAGAGCUCCGCCUACCAGUGCAAGCACUGCGAUAGCAAACUGCAAAGCACAGCGGAGCUGACCUCGCACUUGAACAUUCACAAUGAGGAAUUCCAGAAGCGUGCCAAACGUCAGGAGAGGAGGAAACAGCUUUUGAGCAAGCAGAAAUAUGCAGAUGGUGCUUUUGCAGAUUUCAAACAAGAGAGGCCUUUUGGUCACUUAGAAGAGGUGCCAAAGAUCAAGGAGAGGAAGGUGGUGGGCUACAAAUGUAAAUUCUGUGUGGAAGUGCAUCCGACGCUCCGUGCCAUCUGCAACCACCUGCGCAAGCACGUCCAGUACGGCAGCGUCCCAGCCGUGUCAGCCGCCGUGAAGGGGCUGCGUUCUCAUGAGAGGAGCCAUCUGGCCCUGGCCAUGUUUACCCGCGAGGACAAGUACAGCUGCCAGUAUUGCUCCUUUGUUUCUGCCUUCAGGCACAAUUUGGAUCGCCACAUGCAAACCCACCAUGGACACCAUAAACCAUUCCGAUGCAAACUCUGCUCCUUCAAGUCCUCCUACAACAGCCGGCUGAAGACUCACAUCCUCAAAGCUCAUGCUGGUGAGCAUGCCUACAAGUGUUCCUGGUGCUCCUUUUCCACCAUGACGAUCAGCCAGCUGAAGGAACACUCCCUCAAGGUCCACGGAAAAGCCCUGACCCUCCCCAGGCCACGGAUUGUCAGUCUACUCUCCUCACACGCCCACCACUCCUCCCAAAAAGCCACCCCGUCUGAAGAAGUGGAAGACUCCAAUGACUCAUCCUACUCCGAGCCUCCAGAUGUUCAGCAGCAGUUGAACCACUAUCAGUCCGCAGCUCUGGCAAGAAACAACAGCCGUGUUAGCCCUGUGCCUCUUUCUGGGGCUUCAGGGGGCGCUGAGCAGAAAACGGAAGCUGUUCUUCACUGCGAAUUCUGUGAAUUCUCCUCUGGCUACAUCCAGAGCAUCAGGCGCCAUUACAGGGACAAGCAUGGAGGGAAGAAACUCUUCAAGUGCAAAGACUGCUCCUUUUACACAGGCUUUAAAUCUGCUUUUACUAUGCACGUGGAAGCCGGGCAUUCAGCGGUCCCCGAGGAGGGCCCCAAAGAUCUUCGCUGUCCUCUCUGCCUCUAUCACACCAAAUACAAACGCAACAUGAUUGACCACAUCGUGCUGCACCGAGAAGAGCGCGUUGUCCCCAUUGAAGUGUGCCGAUCCAAACUGUCAAAAUACUUGCAGGGAGUAGUUUUCCGCUGUGAUAAGUGUACCUUCACCUGCUCCAGUGACGAGAGCCUCCAGCAACACAUAGAAAAGCACAAUGAACUGAAACCUUACAAGUGCCAGCUCUGCUACUACGAGACCAAGCACACAGAGGAACUGGACAGCCACCUUCGGGACGAGCAUAAGGUAAGCCGGAACUUCGAGCUGGUCGGACGGGUUAACUUGGAUCAGCUGGAACAGAUGAAGGAGAAGAUGGAGAGCUCUAGCAGUGAUGACGAGGACAAGGAAGAAGAAAUGAGCAGCAAGGCUGAUGACAGAGAUCUGAUGAGAUUUUCUGACCGUGGGGCGGCCAUCAACACUGAGAAGCGUUUUCCAUGUGAAUUUUGUGGUCGGGCGUUUUCCCAGGGCUCUGAGUGGGAAAGGCACGUGCUGAGACACGGCAUGGCGUUGAAUGACACCAAGCAGGUGAGCAGAGAAGAAAUCCACCUGAAAGAUAGCAUGGAGGACAGUAUUAAGAUGCCCUCUAUAGAGGAAAAGGAAGCUGAUGAAGCAAUCGGGAUAGACUUUUCCUUAAAGAACGAAACAGUAGCCAUCUGUGUCGUAGCUGCUGACAGAUCUCUCCUGGAGAACGCAGAGGCCAAAAAAGAAUAAGUGUUUGGUGAAAUUCUUCAUCACCCCUUACUUGAACCGUGAUUGAAAAAAAAAGUGGGAGGGCCAGCUUGGGCUGUGAAGGUGGGGACAGAAAAGAGAAGACAGAACAAAGCUGCUUUUUAGGACUGAACAAUCUAUUUUCAAAGCACUGGUACCUGUGUGAGUGAGUAUGUAAAUUAAAGUUAUUUAAAUGGUUGGAACAUGUGGCUCCUUUUCCAUCACUACAUCUUUCCUUCCGGAUCUGCAUCUUGGAAGUUUCGUUGUGUUGUGGAAGACGGAAGCACCUCCCCUGCACACGUGUGCGCUACGGUGGUCUUGGACAGUGUGUGGAAACAAGCUCCGCGACAGUAGAAGACUUCUCUUAGGGGAACAACUUUUUGACGCACAACUUUCGGUGCGUUUUUCUAGUUUUAAUACCUUAAGCUUUUUCAAGACCUAACUGCAGCCGCUUUGGGAAAAAACAAACAGAAAAAAACAAAAAAAAACAAAAAAAACACAAAAACAGAAAAUGAAAAAAACUGCUUUGCAUAAAACAGUCACCUGUUUCCUAGUACCUCAAACUUAACCAAGGGAAUUCUCUGCAUUUGUCAGUACUACCUGUCGUCAUUGUGGUUAAAUGUAGAGAGAACUGCUGGGCAAGAUGGUGAAUGGAGAAAAAAAAAAAAAAAGAGUUUUAAAGAAAGGAACACAAAUUGUGCUUAAAAUCCCCAUGUGGGUUUUAUUUCUUAAAAUACUGUGAUUUUUUUAAUUAUUUUAGUAAAAAACAAAACAAAAAAAAGAAACAGACUUUAAUUAUUAGAUAAAUGUUUGUGAAUUGUCAUCCUUUAUUCCAGGUAAGCUGUUUAUUAGUGUUCAACUAUAAUUUAGAAUUUGAUAGUUUUCAUGUGAACUAAUUUUAAGGUGACUGUGGAAUUUUGUUUGCCACAUGUUUAUUUUCUAUCAAUUUGAGUGUUACAAACACAGCACAAUUCAGUUUUUCAUAUACAUUUUUGUGUGUGUGUUGUUAUUGUUGUUUUGAUUUGGGGGCAAGGGAGAUUUUGUUUUUUGUGAAUAGGAACAUUUUUAUUUUAAACACGGAAAUAGCAAAGACGUUAACCUGUUUUUUUUUUUUUUUUAAUUUAACUAAAGAACCAAACUUUUCGGCACAGCUAUGCAGCUUGUGGGCCAGACGAGGAAGUCCUCUUCACCCUUUUGUUGCUGUCAAAUGUACACAUUCUCUGUCUCACAGGAAUAAUUUCUGUUAGGAUGGGCUGGGCUUUUGUGUGUGAUUUUUAAAAUCUGUGUUGUUUUUGUUUGCCUUGUGGGUUUUUUUUUUUCCCAGAGGUGGGGGAGGGGAGGGUUCUCAUUUAUUUUGCAGGACAAGGGGAUGUGCUCGAAUCCCAUCCCUUUGGUGAGAGUGUUCGAGAAAUACUUAUAUCCUACAAGGAGCCUGGAGAACUACUUUUUUUUUUUUUUUUUUAAAUCUAGCUGCCAGCUGCUCUGUUUCCCCAUAUUAGCUUUUUCAGGAGGGAGCAGCUUAGACUAAAUCUAAGUCUACAUUUAUAAUACGUUCUGAUUGUGAACAAAGGGUUUCGUUCCAAAAAGUAGAACUUUCCUUGAAGCCUAGGUUUUAGAAGCCUGUGUGCAUGUGUGCUGGGCAGUGAGUGAGUGAGUGCGUGCGUGCGUGCGUGCCUGCGUGCGUGCGUGUGUGUGUAUGAGUCCUUUGGUUUUCAUGUUUUUUUGUUUUUCUUUUAACUUGGAAGGGUUGGGGGCGGGGGGGAGGGUGAAAGGGAAGGGGAAUUGCUGAGAUGACAGUGUCCCACACAGCUUCAAAUAAAAUCCAUGGAAAGAUAUUGCAUUUGUGGAAUAAGUGCUUACUUGAAAAGCAUGUUCUUCUUUUAUUUUCUUGCUGUUUAGAAUUUUUAUUUGUUGGGCGUUUGUUUUAAUUUAAAUUUUUUUUUUUUAGGGAUGGGGGCCAUCAUGUGGAAACCAGAAAAUGGGGAAAGUGUGAACUAUCUAGACAAAGAUUCAUUUUGUGUCCAUAUUUGUUUUUGAUUGGCCUCAUUUCAAAUGUACUAAACAGUUCCAUACCUGGAUUGGGUGUUUGUAAUGGUUACCAAAAAAGGAAAAAAAAAAAAAAAAAGGAAAGAAAAAAGAAAAAAAAAAGAAAAUAAUUGUGACAUGCUUUUAUCACUACUUUAUUUUUCAAAUAACAUGUAAAUAUUGUAAUCCAUUGGAUUUUGUUUUGCUAACCUGUUAAUAAAAAUAUGGGACCAUUAUCCUUUUAACAAGGCUAGAAUGUCAUUUUUUUUUUCUUUUUUCAAACAUAUACCUGAUAUUUUGUGGCCGCACAUUUUGGAUGCAUUAUUAUAAUUCUGUUGACUGUAAUGACAUAGAAUUUACAACAUCUUUUUUUGUUUGUUUAAUUUAUACAGAGGACAUUUUUUUUUCAGAGCUUGAGAGAAGAAAAUAAAUAGCAAAUGAUAACCUAUUGACUCCAAUAAUCAGUGUUUCCCAGUACUUGAUAAAAGAUAGGGAGAUCCUGAGUUCUUGAAGCCAAGGGUUUUAAAAAACAACAAAAAAAACACACAAGUAGGUUAUUCAAGUUGUUUGCAACAUACAUUUUGUAAUGAAAUGUGAGAAAUUAAUAAAGAAUUUUUUCACAUGUG